AUGAUUGAAAAAUGGGGAAUAACUACAGAAAAAAUUGCAGCAGUUGUUACUGAUAAUGGUGCGAAUAUUGUCAAGGCCGUAACAAUUGCAUUUGGUAAACAAAAACACCUAUGGUGUUUCGCCCACACUUUAAAUUUAGUAGCUCAUGCUGGCAUUGAAGGUGCAAAACAGUUACUAAAAAUGGUAAAAGAUUUAACACGAUACUGUCACCAAAAUGUAAAUGUGGCUGAUGCUCUUCGUAAAGCGCAAAAUGAUAAAGCAGUACCGCUCAAAUUGAUUCAGUCAGUUUGCACCUGA